AUGUAUGAGAAGAUGGUGGGUGCGGAGUUCGAUGAAAAGUGCCUUUCGCAGUACGACAGUGCGACGCUGGUCAGCCACAUUGUCGAAUCAUGCAAGCUCUCAUUGAACGUGUCUCUGCUGUCCCAGAACCUAGUAGCAAAACACUACUCGCGGGGGAAGGAAGUGGACGUGCUUGAGGCGAUGGUGCGAGCAGGUCAACUUGGGAUCAGGGUGCCUUGCAUCAGACGGACGGUCGAGAGGGACAACGACUUUUACAUCAUCAUGGAGCGGAUUCAUGGGCAGACUUUGGAGGAAGCCUGGAAGCACAUUGGCUGGCUUAUAGCUCUGCGUCUGGCAUUUCAGCUUCGCCGGUUCGUACGUCGGAUGAGAGAGGUGACGUCUUCCACUGCCGGAUCUCUCUCCACUGGGAUGUGUCGGUCUUUCUGGCUGGAGGAUUUUUAUAAGCUUCCUUGCCAUGCUCGUCCAGAAGCUAUUCCAGCGUUCAUCCGCUUUUGGCUUAACUUUGUUCCAUUGUCACGGCGAAAAGCCAGUGUACAGCCCAAGAAAGAAUUUUGCUCAAAGCCUCAAACUCCAUUGGUGUUCACACACCACGAUCUCGCUCCAAGAAACGUGGUUCUCGAUGACAAACGCCGCCUUUGGCUGCUGGAUUGGGACUACUCAGGUUUCUAUCCGAUUUACUUCGAAUAUGCGUCCAUGCAUAACUUCUCUGUACCAGAAAAUUGGGGGUGGGCAGAUAGGCUGUGCUGGGAAAUAUUCUCCUGGAUCUCAGUUGGAUGUUUCUCCAAACAGCGCAAAGCCCUUGAAGAAAUCAGGCCUCGGUUCACUCGAUUCCCUCUUGGCCGGAAGCACGAGGUUCUCUUGGACGGAGCACCCUCUAACGCGGUCCAUUUGAGAAAGCCAGGGAUGUGA